AUGAAGAUGAGGGCUUUUUACAAGAAUCUGUCACUUUUACUGGGGAUUUUCUCCAUUCAAACGAAGGCAGGAAAAGAAGUGAACGUAGCAACAUGGGGGACACCCGUUCAGUCGACAUUAUAUUACAGCUGGUAUGCCCACUAUGCUCUGGAUGGGUUGAGCUACACCUGUACUCAUACUACGACACAAACUGACCCCUGGUGGAAGCUGGAUCUGAUGAAGACAUACAGCGUGAACAGAGUGACCAUCACUAACAGACCCGACUGCUGUGAAAGCAGGAUAGAUGGGGCAGAGAUUCGGAUUGGAAACAACUCUUCAGAUGUUUUCAGCAACCCAGUAUGUGCUGUAGUUUCUACUAUUCCAGCAGGAGCUACCUACAGCUACUCGUGUCAUGGGAUGGAGGGACGUUACGUUUUUGUGAAUCUUCCUGGAACUUCAAAGAUUCUUACUCUCUGUGAUGUGGGAGUCUAUGUGAUUUUUCCAGGUAAUUUGGCAACCGGAAGAAACGUCACACAGUCAUCAACCAUUGGCAGCUGGAUCACUGAACAGGCUGUUGAUUUCAAUCCAGGAUUCAUACAACCGUCAUCAGCAUGUUCCUCAACCGAUAUUCAGACUAACCCAUGGUGGAGGGUGGAUCUGAGCUCUGUGUAUCGAGUUAGUAGAGUCGUAAUCACAAACAGACUAGACUGCUGUCCAGAACGAAUAAAUGGAGCAGAGAUUCGCAUUGGAAACUCUUUGGAGAACAACGGCAACAACAAUCCUAUAUGUACUGUGAUUUCUAGCAUUCCAGCUGGUGUUUCCUCCACCUACAUAUGUAACGAUAUGGAGGGUCGAUACGUGAAUCUGUUCAUUCCUGGAGAUUCAAGGUUUCUUACUCUGUGUGAGGUGGAGGUCUAUGGAGAAGGUCCUUUAUUGAAGAAAACCUUUCUGAAGAUGAAACUGAAGUCCAGUUCGAGUUUGUCUGAACCUGCAAUGAGAGCCCAGCUCCUGUCACAGCUUCAGUCUGCUUUGGUGGAACAAGGGUUUUCUGACGUGACGCUGCAAUGGUCUCAACCACCCGAACAGGAAGUGAUGCAGAAGGAAGCUGCACCAGGACUCAGACUCAGAACUGGUUUAUCUGUUAGUGUCUCACCCUUGCAGGCCAGAGACUCAGAACAAGGAGUGUCUUUUGGGAAGGUACCUUUAUCUCUUUUCGAUGAGGAGGAGAUUGCAAUCUGGCGCUUUUCCAUUUCCAGGCUGCUGGAGGCUCAAAACGUGGUCGUAUCUGUUGCUGCCUCGAAGCUGGAGGCUCAGGACUUGGUAUCUGUUAUUGCCUCUUCCCUCACGGCCAGAGACGCAGAACAAGGAGUGUCUUUUGCGAAGGGUUUUUAUCAAUUCAAGAAACGGCAAAUGGAGCAGAUGGGUCACGUCACGUCUCAGCUGAACUUGCAGGGCCUCAUCACGUCUCAGCUUAUCUUCGAGAGUCUGCUCACGUCAAACCUGCCAAGCCAGUGCCUGCUCACCUCAAACUGCCAAGCCAGUGUCUGCUCACGUCAUGUCGGUCAUGUCCAGAGCUUUAAAGUCAGUUCCAAGGCUUCUGAGUCUGGCAUCCAGUGUGGCAGACCCACCAUUGGUUUCGGCCAGAAUAGCGGGCAUUCCAAGGGCCUCAACACAGUCUCUGAGUCCGCUCCAGUUCCCUUGUCACGGCCAGGAUUGCCGUUCCCUGUUUCUAUGACUCCAGUUCCCUCGUCAUGGCCAGGAGUGCCAUUUCCUGUUCCAAUGACUCUAGUGAGUCCAGCUCCUCCCAAUGUGGCGGCUUGCGCUGCAGAACCUCCCGAAGCGGCAGCGCCUGCUCCAGCUCUUCCCGAGAUGGUGGCUUGUGCUGCAGAACCUCCCGAAGCGGCGGCGCCCGCUUCAGCUCUUCUCGAGGUGGCGGCUUGUGCUGCAGAACCUCCAGAGGCAGUGGCGUCUGCCUUUGAACUCUCAGCCUGUCCUGACACGGCCAAGGAGGCCGUCUCAUAA